AUGCAUAUGGACGGCAUCCCGCAACAAGCAACGAAGGAGCAAACGCCCAAAGCCAAAACGAGAAACAACGAACAACUAAUUGCUACAAGAGGACAGAAAGCGAAAAUUACUUUAUCAACAUCGACUCCAAAAUACAUCCAUGAAAGAUUAAAUAAUUCGGAAUAUUUUAUAUAUCCAUUGCUGGUUCCACCUUAUGUACCGCUGCGAACUUCUUUUGUGCUAGCGAAAAAAUACAAUAUUGCUGCGUGUAGGAUACAGAAGAAUCUCUCAACGAUCCUUUGGAGCAUUUUCUGUUUCCUCAAUAAUAAGGAAUUCUAUACGACCAACAAUAUUUCGUUGACAGCCAGAUUUCGGACGAUAAUGAAGUAUGACGUCUGUAAUGCCACUGAAGUUACCGGAAUAGGUAAUAACAGAUACAAUGCCAAAAUCGCGAUACUCAGGGAUCCAUUGGAACGAUUUUUAUCCGCAUUUGUUGAUAAGUGUAUACGAGAAGCUGAAAAAAAUCCAACUCGUUGCUAUGGAUGCAAAGGUGAUAUGGUGUGCCUCCUCGAAAAACAGUAUUAUCGAUUUAUGAGAAUCGCAGCUGGAGAAAUCAAAGAAUAUUCAUUUGAAGAUCGCCAUUUUGCUCCAAUGACUUGGUUUUGUGACUUUAAUAAGCACAACAUUAAAACUUUUGAUAUUCUAACGCUUGGAGAAACUGAGAAACACCAGGCGGAAUUAAUAGAUAAGCAUGCUGAAAUUUUCAGCAAGAAUCAUGUCGAAAAAAAUUUGACCGAUUAUAUACAAAAAGAAGUUCGAGACAAUCCAACGCCGCAUUCGACGACGGGGUCGGAUAUCAGGAAAACAAUUGGCAAUUUCAUGCGAACGAAUCAAAAAAUCAUGUCACUACUCCAGCUGUUGUAUGCAAACGACUACACUGUUUUCAAUAUUCCGUCACCAUUUUUGGAACACUAA